AACCGGAAACUGUACCUCACACUUCCUCAGAAGCAGCGACAGAGCUGACCAUAGCUGACCAUCUUUCCAGGCUACAAACAGAGACACACUACGCACAGUUUAAUCAGAGGGUGUAGGAGAGUGUGUGACAGACAUGAAGCAGAGCUCCAGCGUGCCGGCCUUCCUCACCAAGCUGUGGACUCUGGUGGAGGAUGAGAACACCAACGAGUUUAUCUGCUGGAGCCAGGAGGGGAACAGCUUCCUGGUGUUGGACGAGCAGCACUUUGCCAAGGAGAUCCUCCCGAAAUUCUUCAAGCACAACAACAUGGCCAGUUUCAUCAGACAGCUCAACAUGUAUGGGUUCCGUAAAGUGAUGCACAUCGACACGGGGAUCGUGAAACAGGAGAGAGACGGUCCGGUGGAGUUUCAGCAUCCGUACUUCAAACACGGACAAGACGACCUGCUGGAGCACAUCAAGAGGAAGGUUUCUACGUCUCGGCCAGAGGACACAAAGAUCCGACAGGAGGACCUGUCAAAGAUCUUAGCCACUGUUCAGACCGUCCACAGCAAACAAGAGAACAUCGACGCCAGGCUCAUAACCCUGAAGAGGGAGAAUGAAGCUCUGUGGAGAGAGAUCUCAGACCUGAGACAGAAACACUCUCAACAGACGCAGCUCAUCAAGAAGAUGAUCCAUUUCAUUGUCACGUUGGUGCAGAACAACCGCAUCCUGAACUUAAAACGCAAAAGACCGAUUCUCAUGAACAGCACCGGAAAGAAGCCGAAAUACAUCCAUCAGAUCUACGAUGACAAAGUGUGUGUGGAACAGUCGUCUGUCGGCAGUCUGAACGGGGUGAAGGGCUCCGAGCUGUCUGACGAUGUCAUCAUCUGCGACGUCACUGACAGCGAUGCUGAGGUGGCAGCUGACGUCACGGAGGAGUCAUACCGGGCCUUCGAACAGGGUGAUAUGGAGAUCGUGGAGGUGGAGCUGUAUAACGGAGCGGAGCUGCCAACAGAGACGGAGUUGAGCUCCUUCAGCACGGAGGACAUCAGACAGACGGAGGACGGAGCAUCAGACGACAGCAGACAGAGGACAUCAGACAGCAACACGCCUACAACCAGCACCACCACAACCACGGCACCACCCGGAAACUCUCCCACCAGCUCCGCCCUGCAGCUGAACAAACAAGCAGCUCUGAGCCUGGAGGACCCCGUCAAGUUGAUGGACUCCAUCCUGAAGGAGAAUGGAGCCAUUUCACAGAACAUCAACCUGCUGGGAAAGGUGGAGCUGAUGGAUUAUCUGGACAGUAUCGACUGCAGUCUGGAGGAUUUUCAGGCCAUGCUGUACGGAAAACAGUUUGGAAUUGAUUUCGAUUUACUGGAGGAGAGCAUGUCCUCCAAAGACGGCACCGUGCCUCUGAACAGAGGGAGAGCAGAGGACGAAAACACAGACAAACAGCUCAUACAGUACACAUCCUGCCCCCUGCUGGCCUUACUGGAUGGCUGCACCUCCUCUGCAGACCUGGACCUGGGCCCCAGCAGCAGCAGCAACAGCAGCAGCAGCGCCUCCACCUCCCACCUGCAGCUCUCCUCCACCUCUGCCCUCCUGGACUCUGACCCCACGUCAGACCUGCUGGCAUCCGUCCUGGAGACCAAACAGCCGGCCCGCAGCUCCCUGAUCCGCCUGGAGCCGCUGACGGAGGCCGAGGCCAGCGAGGAGAUGCUCUUCUACAUGAGUGAACUGAGUCCUGCUCCGCCUGAGCAAGACUCUGCCUAGAUGGACCGGGUGGGAGACCGGAGCUGGACUGAUGGAGGAGUGACCCCCCUGCUGGUGCUCACAGUGAACACGUUGAGGAGUGUGUGUGAGUGUGUGUGAUAAUCCUGCACACUGAGGAGCACACACACGUUUUAUACUCAUCUUUUACCCUCUGAACCUUAAUGCACCACAGGAAACACACACACAUACACACGCACACGCACACACACACACACACACACACACACACACACACACACACACACACACACACACACACAGACAGACACUUAACAUCACAGAGGAGGGCCAGUCUGAUGCUUUCAUGGCUUAUAAAAUGUCCAGCAGCAGAUUUGAGCUUCUUAAAGUCAUACUUCAGUUCUAGUCCCAGUCCAGGAGGAGUUUGCGGUCUUCUGUCUCCUCCCUCUGCUCCUCAUGAAUCUGUUCUUUCUGUCGUUUAGAGGAGAGUUCACUUUGAUCCUGCAGUUUGCACACAAACACAUCCGUCCUCUAAAAGCACUCACUGUGGUGCCACCUCUCCUCUUUAAAGUAAGUCUCCUAAAGUGCAUGUCGUCAUGAAGUCGACAAGCGGCUCACGAAGACACAAGGACUGAGUCGCUGCUGAAGUGUUUGUCAGUCAUCGUAUUACAACACCUAAAGCAUGCUGGGAAGUGUAGUUCCAAAACAGAAGAGAAUUAAACAUCUGAGCCUUCCCAUCAAUUGUUGGGAUGUGGCCGUCUUACUCAGCUCCUUGUGUCCUCUCUUCCUUUCCUUGCUCGGCCGUUCACGACUCAGACCAAUCAGAAUGAAGCAUCAAUCAAUCAAUCAAUCUUUAUUUGUAUAGCGCCAAAUCACAUCAAAUGUUAUCUGAAGACUCUUUUACAAACAGAGCAGGUCUAGACCACUCUAUGUCAAAUUAUGAACAGAGACCCAACUUCAAGACAGGAUAAGACUCAGUCUGACCCCACUUUAAUCCAUCAUGAGCAUUACACCUCACAGUAUUCAGCUAGUUACAGCAGAGAGGACAAACUUCCUUUAACAGGCAGAAACCUCGAGCAGAACCAGACUCAUGUUAGACAGCCAUCUGCUGAGACCCAGUUGGGUCUGGAAAGAGGGAUAGAGGAGAGUAAGAGAGAGAGGGAGCGGUGAUAGUGAUGAGACGAGUAGUAGUAUCUGUUGCCGCUGGAGUCCAGCACGUCUGUAUCAGCUGGAGUCUGGAACGUCCACAGCAGGAGGACGUCUACAGCAGCUCAGAGGAACCAAAGAGAGUUCAGGGACUCCAGAAAGGUCUAUGGUUAGUAACUUUAAUGGGACAGGGAGAGUUAAAGUAAGUGAUGGGGGGGGGUCGGGGGGAAGGGGUGAGACAGGAUCCUAGUGUGUCAGUUCCCCCGGCAGUCUAAGCCUAUAGCAGCAUAACUAAGAGCUGGUCCAAGCCUGAUACAGCUCUAACUAUAAGCUUUAUCAAAAAGGAAAGUUUGAAGCCUACUCUUAAAAGCAUAGAGGGUGUCUGCCUCCCAUACUACUUUUAGAGACUUCAGGUAUGACCAGCAGGCAAACAUCUCACACAGCUGGGUGAUGGUUUCUCUUUGAUUCCAGUAGUGUUUAUAUUUUAUUCAACAUUUCAGUGUCAAAACAUUUUAAAGGUUCAAAUCUAAGUUAAGUUUAUGUUAAUCUCGUGUCGGAUUAGGAUUGAAUAAGAGAGAGAAUGAAACUCAAAGAUGCUUUUAAAUUUCUGAACACAAGGCUGAAGUGAAGUUUGAGGAGCGGUGAGCAGAGACUUCCUGAGUGUGUUUCCUGAUGGUUCAGAGGGUAAACCGUUGUGUUCCUGACAUUAAAACCUGACUUUAUAAAGAUGAAAUGAUGUCAGAGUGUGACUCCAGUGUUUUCUCCAAAGUUAGUCUGAAAUGUUGAACUGGCACACACAGAUCUCCUCCAUCAGGAUGUUCAGCGUCAGUGAGGAGGCGUCACUCCUCCCUGUAUUUACAAGCGUUUGUAUUUACUCCUCCACAUUUAUUUAUUCUCUUUUUGUUCUUUUGCUACUUCUUUUUGUUCCUCAGAGACUCUUCAUCAAACAUCAUUCCCUCGGAUAGACUCGUCCCUGAAUGCUACCGCGGUUUGUUGAAUUUAGUCACAGUAUGUAAAGAAAGCAGAGCUCUGCACAGCUGGGAUCACAUUCAUUUCCCCUAAGUCAUCCUUAGUGCUGUUAAAAAGGCUUACUGAUAACAGGACCUGUUUACAUGAUCUGAUGCCAUACAGCAGGGGGCGCUGUUUAAAUAUGUGACAUGAAAUAAAUAUUUCCUUUCUA